AUGGCUGAACAAUCUCUCAAGCGCAAGCGCUUCUCCUUCGCAGAGAAGUACUCGAUGAUUCAGGACGUUGACAAGGGUAUCAAGCGAAUCUUCGUGCAAGAGAAAUACGGAGUGUCCCAUGGCACGCUCGCUGGAUUCCUAAAGGAUAGAGAAAGGAUCGAGGAUAAUGUAAAAAGUCCUACGAAGUUGGAGGCGAGAGCUAACCGGCAGUCUCGAUACCACGAAGUUGACACAGCGCUCCUUGAAUGGUUCAGGAACAUUCGCAGCACUCGAACUGAUACUGUGGUCACUGGACUGGAUCUCUUGGCGAAGGCCACCACUUUGGCGAAGAAGCUGUCGGAAAACCAUAUCGAAGGAUACGACAACUUUAGCUUGGAUUUGAACUGGAUUGAGCGAUGGAAGAAACGACAUGGCGUGUCCUGCAAGCAGAUCGUGGGAGAGAGCGCGUCUGCAGACCACGCCAGUGCAAAAACAUGGCUCGACACACAGCUCGACCCCAUCCGGCAAGAUUACGAUGACAAGGACAUCUUUAAUGCAGAUGAGACUGGGCUGUUUUGGAAAAUGAGUCCAGAGAAGACGCUGGCAUUCAAAGGAGAGACAUGCAAAGGAGGGAAGCAUGCCAAGGAUCGCGUUACAGUGUUGGUAGCAACAAGUGCGGACGGCGAAAAGCUGCCUCUGUACGUUAUUGGGAAGAGUAAGCGCCCACAUUGCUUCCGUGGAGUGCUUAACAUCCCAGUUGAGUAUGAAGCUAACAAAAAGGCGUGGAUGACCGGACAGUUGUUUGAGCAGUGGUGUAACAGACUCAACAACAGGAUGGUCCGCGAGGGAAGAAGGAUAGCCUUGAUCCUGGACAACUUUGCUGGUCAUCCACACCUGGAUCUAUCGAACAUAAGCAUCUUCUUCCUGCCUCCAAACACCACUUCCAUGACCCAGCCGAUGGACGCAGGUAUCAUCAAAAACCUGAAGCACCAUUACCGGCGGCUGCUUGUGAAGCGAAGAAUCAGCUGCAUCGACAGUGACCAGGAAUGCAAGAUCACCCUCCUGGAUGCCGUGCAAUGGCUGAAGACCUCUUGGCAACAGGUCACAUCCGACACUGUCAAGAACUGUUAUAGACAUGUUGGAUUUCAGCCCAAAACAGCAGCAGCAGCAGCAACACCAAGCGAAGAUCUUCCGCCUGAUGAGACCGAACAAGAAGAUGCGUCACUUUGGUCUGCUGUUUGUGAAGCUGGGUUGGCAGAGGAAGGCACGUCCUUCGAUGAGUUUGUCAACAUUGAUGAAAGUGUCGCAACAGGAGCGACUGGCGGCCUCACUGAUAUCGAGUUGCUUGCCGAUGUCCUUGAUACGACGGACUCUGCAGAGAUCAUCAGCAGCGACAGUGAAGAGGAGGAUGAAGACACAUCUACAGUACCCAAAUACAAUGAUGUCAUUGUGUCGCUCGAUACAACGUUGAAGUAUCUGCGCUCCAUCCCUGAAUCUGGUGAUCAUGUUGAUGCUGUUGAAAAAGCCAAGCAGCAUUGCAUUGAUAACCGAAUCGAGAAAUUAUUGCAGCCACGAAUUUCAAGCUUUUUUAGAAAGGUAUGAGUUUAGUUUGCGUGGAUAUGAAAUAAAGUACAUAAUGAUUUAGAGCAUGAAACGAGCUUUGUUUUGAUAUGCAUAUCAUAUUUUACCAUAUAUGGGUUCACAUACAUUCAAAUGGGACUUCGGAUAUAAGGACACUUCGCGAAUAAGGACAUUUUUCUGAUGCCCCGCCGAAUGUCGUUAUUCG